UUGGAUUAGAAAGAUGAGAAGGAAAUUAGGAAGAGGAGAAUAUUUUACUUUGAUCAUCCAGCAAAUUCCAGUUAGGAAGAAUUGAUGAUGAAGGAGCAAAGCGUUAAGGUGAUUUAUUUGGAUGAGUUAGUGAGUUACUACUUAAAAUUUAUUACUCGAGUUAAAUCUAUAAAUAAAUAAAUUGUCGCGAGAGAGAAGGUAAAAGAAGAAGAGGAGUGUGUGUGUGGAAGAAGAAGAAGAAGGAGCAUAUGGAGUUCCACCGCAGCGACUCAUCAUCGUCCCCGUCUUCAUCCACGCCCACACCCAACAACGCCGAUCCCAAUAAAACCUCUUCUUCAGACCCGAUGCAUUCAUGGUGGGAAUCCGUCUCUAAAGCCCGUUCACGAAUCCACGCCCUCGCCGCCAUCCUCCCCUCCUCCUCCUCCGACUCCCUCUCCUCUCUCGCCGACUCCGACCGCCCUGCUCUCUCACUCUUGUCCUCCCCCGCUGCCUACGCCGCCGUCUCCUCUUCCCUCUCCGGCUCCCACUCCGACCCCCUCUGCCACUGGCUCUACGACACCUUCCUCUCCUCCGAUCCCCACCUCCGCCUCGUCGUCCUCUCCUUCGUCCCCCUCCUCUCUGGCCUCUACCUCUCCCGAAUCCACUCCCCUGAACCGCCGUCCCUCGCCGGGUUCGAAGCCGUCCUCCUCGCCCUCUACGCCGCCGAGACCAAAUCCCGAAACGGCAAACCCCUCGUGGUCACAAUCCCCGACCUCUCCCACCCCUCCAUCUACCAUGCGCCCCUCCGCAAACCCCAAUCCCAAACCCUAACCCUAGCCUCAACACCCUCGGUUGGACUCAUUUCGCCCCCUUUAGAACCCCAGCUCGGCGUCAAAUCCACCAAGCGCGCCUCCAUCGUCGGCGUUGCGCUACACUCCUUCUUCUCCCAGAUCUCCCACAUGCCCGCCUGGUCCAAGCUCGAAUUCUGCCAAUUCGCCGCAGCCUGGGCCGGCUCCGCCCACUGUCCCUGCCGCAACGAGCUCGACCGCAAUGGCGAAAUCGAGGAUUUCGCCACCGCCAUUGAGAACGUUCGAAUUCGCGAUGGCGAUUAUCUGGAAGAAGGGAAAGGGGAGAGGAUUCCCUUGCCGUGGGAGAUUCUGCAGCCUUCGCUCAGAAUCCUGGGGCACUGUUUAUUGGGGCCUUUGAACUCUCAGGAUGUGAAGGAUGCUGCUUCCUUUGCGGUGCGGUGCUUGUACGCCCGUGCUUCCCACGAUUUGGUGCCGCAGGCAAUACUCGCCACUAGGAGUCUCAUUCAGCUUGAUGUGAGGACUAGAGAGGCUGCCAGGGCGAAUGCCGUCACUAACUCGAAUGCCAAUACGCCCACCAAGGCCAAGAAGCCGGAGAUUCUUCUGGUUUCCAAGUGAGGAAUGGGGAGGAGGUUGCUGUUGCUGUGUACUAUUACUGUAGGUCUUCAUACUUUAAGCACAAUUUGUGUUUGUAUAAUAGAAACUUCAUAGAUGCCAAUUUUAUUUUAUCUUUUAUUAUUUUUUUGCUUGUUCUGGGUUAUAGUAUACAUAUAUAUAUUUAUUUAUUUUUUCUACCGAGUGAUUGGGUAGCUGUAUUGGCUUUGUUUCUUGAUGGAAUUAUGCUGAGCUUCCUUUGUGUUUGUGUGUGUGCCAUUGUUUGAUUAUAGUUGUGUGGUCUUGGCUUUGAAUUAUUGUUGUACUCUGGAGAUUGAGGAAAUUGAAUGGGUUGUUCUAAA